AUGAAUGAUAAAGUAAUUACGAGGGAUCCCCAAUCAACCGGUCUGAUAGACCUACAAGUGGAGUUAAUGCCCACAGAGAAUAACUCAUGUGAUAUGAUAGGGAUGUAUAAAAAAAAAAAACUAAAGGAAAUUAUAAAAAGAGUGUAUGUCGGAAAUUACGAAGAUUCAAAGAACGUCUUACUGCUUAGCAGAACCUGCAUCACGCAUAUUAUAAUCAUACGGUGCUCCAAAGAAGAACACACAGCAAGAAUAAUCUACCCGCAUAAGUUCGAGUACUACAUUAUCGACUUUAAUGAAGAACUCAAGUUUACAAGUUGUUCCCAUUUUAAGUACUUGCUAGAUGAAAUACUCCUAGAAAAUGAGAAAAACAAAGUGUUUGUACACAGCUACUUCUCUCUUAAGAAUAUAUUGUCACUAAUCAUAUAUUACAUAGUCACAACGUACAAUUCUGAAAUAGAAGAUGCUAUUUCGUACGUUAACAAAUUGAUCCCUAAUUUUGUGAUACCCAUCGAAGAUGCCGAUAAAAUCUACUACUUCACUAUAAGGAACAAGUUAACGUAUUACCCAGGAGAGUGCACGAGUAUUCAAGAUAUUAAGGACAAAAAAUGA